AAUAGUGCUGGAUAUGGGUGUUGGAUCGAACUGCUCACUUUUCUGAACUGUUUUGGUUUCUUUCGCUUUUAAUUUAGCUGCGGAUUGAUAAUUUUUGGGUUGGAAAUGUAAUUCUCAAAAACUGCAAAGAAGUUUAGGCAUUUCUGAAUACUACUCCUAGUAGCCUAGGGAUUUGUGUACAUUUAAAUUAGGUUGUUUAUUGAAUUUUAUGUUAUUUCUUGGUGUUACUUUUCUGCAGGGGAAUAGCUUGAAGUUUUGUUGAGGAUGAGAUACAUGUAGUAUUUAUUCAGGGUUUAAGUAGAGGGUAUUAUUUGAAUGGCUCUGGAUGAUGUGGACCUUUCGUGUUGCAGGAGAAAGGUGAGGCCUUGAAAUCGGAAGAUCGAUCUGGAGACAGCCAAAAAGGAGAGCAAUUAGCAGAACCAAGUUUAGAAUGGGAAAAGUUUCUCCAAAGGACAGGGAAACUAAGACUGGCAAGCAGAAAAGAAGGCCAAGGAGUUCAAUCAACAAGUAUCUUAGACCGGGGGCUCUUGCCCAGCUUCGAUACAACAAAGCAUCUGCUGCUAAAUCUUGUACAGAUCUUGGGAAGAAAAGGGUCGCUCUGGUGGAUGCAGACAAGCAAAAAAAUGAUGUUAUACUUGAAAAUAAAAUUAUCAACAGAAGCCCCACAAUUUUAUCACCUGUAAAGUUUGGGUUUGGUUCUGCUAUGGAGAAGAGCCCCACCAUUUUAUCGCCCAUACGAUCUGGGAUUGGUCCUCUUUUUGGGGCUAUUGACAGUUUUAAGCAGAAUAAUUUGCAGAAAACACCAAAAACACCACGUGCUGAAGAGUGCAAGUCUGAGUCCAGGAUUGAGUCUCUCCCCAUGGAUUUACUGGUCAAAAUAAUGUGCCACCUGCACCAUGACCAGCUCCGAGCAGUUUUCCAUGUCUCUCAGAAAAUCAGGAAGGCGGUUAUACAAGCAAGACAGUUUCACUUUAAUUAUACUACGCCUGAUCGAACUCGACAAGAGAUGCUGAGAACAAUGACUCCUUUGCCAACCGAUCACUGGCCCUUUAUGAGCAAGGGAGAUGGAAAAGGUAUUUGGAUACCUAGCCCACACACCCCAAAGGCACCAAGGCAUGGUCCUAGGCCUCCCUCGCGUCUCAAGUUUACUGAGAUGCGGCAAAUUGCAGCUGUUCUCUUCCAGGAGUCGGCAUUUCCUUCAAGGUGCUUGGUACCAUCAGCAUUAUCCCAACCUAUAUGCAAAUCCUUGGCUUCUAAUAGAGCAUUAUUUUAUGAGGAGGAGUUAUGCCAGGCGGUUGCUCAGAAUAAACUCCGUUGAUCUUUAUGGCCGUAUAAUAUUUAUCUGCUAUUGGUAUGUAUAUAGUAUGAUAUCUACCUCUUUGCCUUUACUUGUUUCAAUUGGAGAGUGCAGUUUUGUAGUCUUGCUGGAGCACUUGUUCUGAGCUAUGAAGUUUAAGGAUGGCAAAGAUAUAUUAAUGAUUGAGUGAAUAAAAACUUCAGACAGGGUCUCUUGUAUAGUAUAUAUAUAAGUAUAUUUUGUUUUUACAGUUGGUUUCCUUUUUUUUUGGGUCUGCUCGCUCUUCUUUUUUCUGUAAAUCUGGAAUGUCGGCAUUGAAUGCUUCGGAGUCUAUGUUUCACCAUGGAGUGAAUUUUGAAUCCUGUAAAUUAGUCUGCUCGCUCUUAUCAAUGUUAGAUGCUUUACCCAGAGUUUCCAAUUUCAAAA